AUGGAUGUUUAUAGCAGCUUUAUAGGAGCAGGACGUGAUGUUCAUUUUGUUUUGUUUUAUCUUAGACAUGGAGGAAAACGAAAGAAAGAAAAAGAAGAACGAAAUCUUAGCUGCAACAAACGUAUUGGUUGCCUUUCUAAUACACGUAAACAGACGGGUAAAAUUUAUGCAGCCGCCUGUUCAGAAUUACCGUUUUAUCUUGCUUUGAUCUUUGACGAUGGACUGAUCAGCAAUGGCAUCCGAACGAAGUACCGUGUAAACUCUUUGGUGACGCUGUCAAAUGUAUGGUUCCAUACAAGAAAAGAAUGCCAGCUUUUGCGGUUAUCUACAUUUGACAUGGUCGCGAAAUAG